CGCGGACGCGCACUCACGUAGGCACACCCCUUUAAACGCAACCGGAGCGCGGCGGAGACACGAGUGACCCGCAGGACGGAUGAGCGCGGAGAUCAUCAUCAGCAUCAUCAUCAUGUAAAAUGGUGGAAUAAUAAAAUAUCUGUGAACCAAACGAACCGCGGAGGAUCGUAUUGUAAAACAGGAGGAUAAAAGGCCGUGCUGCGGACUGAAAUGAGCACAAAAACCUUAGGUCCAUUUUGAUGGGGGAAACACAAAGAGUCCCUUUAAGAUGACACGCACAGACCCGCCUGAUAUACUGGUGUCAACUGUGCAUCAAGACAUAAAAGCAAACCACAUCUCUGCACACUCAGAGUUCUCCCUUCCCCCUGAACGAUGUGAUUUCCAAACCCAGGGCACACUGGAAGACAAGCAGGACAAGAACAAUAAAAGGCACUGCCGUAGCUUUGACUUCAUUUGGUCGCUAGACGACCCCAUCACUCACAGUUCUUCAAUGGAGUACCCUUACAGAAAGACUGACAGGCAUGGUGCGCACCCAGAUUUUGCUUGGAAUGCUUUAGGCCAGCAGGUUCACCUUCGAUUCUCAUCACCAGAUUUGCUCAACACUAGACUGCCCACCCAAAUGGUUGGAUCUGACAUAGCCGGCGAAGCAAGAGCCAUUUUGGAUCCCAGAGCCCGGUCAAAGAGUGCCCCAAGGGUCAAAACAUCCUUAACCCCGGUGCCCUUUGAGAUAUCCCCACCUGUGGCUAGAAGGGGGAGGGAUGUCCAACGGACUCCACGGGAACCUCUGAGGAAGCUGGAAUCAUCCCCCCGCAGAGAGGCUUCGAGCACCCCGAACCGAGCACUCUUGAAUGAGGUGCACCCGAUCAAACUGCAGCCACAGAAGGGGGAAGCUAGACUCAGCUCUCCCAUUUACGUGUCUGAUCACUUUGAAGAAAUCAAACCGGCUACCACUCCCCAUGUCAGGUGUCGUGUGGACAUCAAGCCAGAUGAGGCAGUGCUACAGCACGCAACACGGAAGUCAUCCACCUACCGGGCUGAGAUCCCAUGGCAGCGCUACUCCAGUGGUGGCAGCCGGAGCUUGACUGUACCACGGAAGUUUUCUGGUUCCAGAACACCAACACCAACGGAUUCCUUCAGCGGGGAAUACCGGCAGGUGUUUCAGUAUCCAAACUACAUGCCAAACAGCUAUAUUCAACCCUUAGAAAUACCACUGCAGAGGAUGCCUUCACCCACAGAUUCCAGAGGCUACUUCGGAAGAGAACGAAGAGCUCACUCUAGUCCCAAUGUGCCAACCAAAUUAUUCUAUGCAGAUGACCCCAGGAUGUACCCAUCAACCCCUAGAAAUUACUAUCAGGAGGAUCCUUAUGGCAUCCCUAGCCAAAACUUUAUACCUAAAGUCCAGUAUGUGCGGGACCCAAGGACUCGCGUAGUUCAUACUGCACCUGCUCGCGGAUACUACACUGAGAUAGAUCCUUAUCAACACCCUAUGUAUCCCAAAGCUUACUCCACAAGUGAACCAGGCCCAUACCUUAUCCAGACACCGUCAGGCCAAACAUACUAUGGGGAGGAUGCCAAAGCUUACCAAAUUCAGUCUAACCCUUCUAAGAUAUUCUAUACAAAUGAGCCCUUUGCACCGCCACCAGAGCAAACGAUUCCACUGAGAGCAUAUCACACCGAAGGACGCAGGGGGCCAAGAGUGCCCCAGUCAGCUAAUGACUGGUAUAGUACUGACAUAUCCGGCUAUGCCACAGUCCAUCCUUCAGCUCAUGCCUCACAGUUCACCCCACCAAGAGUGAGACAAGAGGCACUGCUCACACCAUGGUAUGCUAAUCCCUACAUGGAGCCAGCAAGGCUUGGUGCAGAUGCUAAACCAUUCUCUAAGUCCUGGGACAAUAUCUUCAGUCCGCGUCUCGAGAGGGAGAUGCCAGUUCAGCGUGGUCGAAGCUAUGAAAAUCUCCUUUCUCAAGAGAAGCGGACCUUUUCCCCAGACAACAGGCGUCAGCCAGUAGUGGUCAACCUCUCAAGCUCUCCACGGCGUUAUGCUGCAUUGUCACUCUCUGAAAAUUCUUUGCUUGACAGGAGUCCAACAGAGAGUGGGAAGAAUCCCGUGAGCAGAUUCUGGUAUGUAACCCCUGAGAUUACCAUCACAGACAAUGACCUACGUGGAGGUAACCUCAACAAAACAGAGGUGCGUUCAGCCAGCUGGGACAUACUAGAUUCUGGAAAUCAAACUGUAGAAGAUACUUAUCAGGAGCCAAGGUCAUGUUCAAUAGACUCAACCAAAGAGAAGACUCACAACAGCUCCUCUCUGCAGCAAAGUCUGGAGCAGCUUGAUGAGCUCUUAGCCGAUCUUGUAAUUGACUAUAAGCCACCAGCAAGCCGGAGGUCCAGCGAGGACUUGCUGGAUCAACUCAAAAAGCUGAUCAAUGAGAAUGAUGCAACUAAGGACGAUCCAGCAAAGGAAGAUUCAAAGGAAUCAGACAAUUCCAGUCCUAUGAAUAAACAGUCUGCUUCAACCAAAACAACCCAGAAUGAUCUAAAGGACACAGAUAGCAACUGUGACCGACUUAAGAAAAGUGCAGAAUGCUCCCCUGAACAGAGUCCAGAUGAGGAUGACACUAUGGUAUGUUCCAACAGUAAAUGCCAGCGUACAGAAACCCUGUUUAAUGCAUGCCUCUAUUUUAAGUCUUGUCACAGCUGCUACACCUAUUACUGCUCUCGAAACUGCCGUAGAGAGGACUGGGAUGUGCACAAGGAGAGCUGCUUGUAUGGGCGCAUCAGUAGCAUCUGCAGACAAAUCCUUAAACACUGUCGAGAGACCCCAGAAGUUCACAAAGCCUUCUCACGCAUUGCCAAAGUAGGCUAUCUUUCCCGUGGAAGAGGAGUCCUCUUCCUGGGUUUCCCUAACCCAGGGUCAUCCAACAACUUUCUGCAGUAUGGCCUUGAGAGCCUCCUUAUGGCCCCCACAUACCUAUCCCUCAGAGAGCUGGGGGGCUUCAAAGAUAACCUUGGGGAGUAUUGCAAAGAGCUGCAAGAAGCAGGCAACGAGUAUAACCCCAGUGAAUGUUUCCUCCUGAAUGUAUCAAUUGCCGUUGGUGAACAAGUGCCUGAUGCGCCUUCGCCCAGAGUCCAAGCCCCAACGGUCAGGAAGUAUGCCAAGGUGUCCCUGGCCUCCUCCAGCCCUGAAAAAACAGUGCCCAAGAAGGAUGGUGACAUGGAGACGCUGAUCCUCACUCCACCACCAGGGACAGCAGACAUUGACAAAGAAGGGGAGGAAGGCAGGAAAGCUAGGGAGAUAUGCUUCAUCAACAUCCAGCGUGAACUCCGGACCAGAGGGGUCUUCCUGCGGCACGAGUACCCAACAAUCUACCAGCAGCUCUGCGAGUUUGUGGAGAGCAACAGGAGAUUCACACCUACCACCAUCUAUCCAAUUGACAAGCGAACUGGCAAGCAGUUUAUGUGCAUGAUUAUGGCUGCAUCCGAACCACGGACACUCGACUGGCUUGGAACUCCCAACCUCCUUGAUGACAUCAUAUAGCUAAUUUAAGCUUCAA